CAUGGCCAACAAGUACCUUGCGGUGUUGCUGCCCAUCCUCAUCUGCCUGGCGGGGCUCAUAGGCAUCCUGCUGGUCUCCCUUCCGGCCAGGGACGUUGGGGAGAACCCAAAGUACAAGUAUGGAGUCGUGCUGGACGCCGGUUCCUCGCACACAGCGCUGUUCGUAUACAAGUGGCCGGCGGAUAAAGAGAACGACACGGGAAUUGUGAGUGAGCACAGCAUGUGUGACGUGCAGGGCCCUGGGAUCUCUAGCUACUGGCAGGACCCCCCUAAGGCAGGGAAGAGCCUGGAGGUCUGUUUGAACCAAGCGGUGAGGGAUGUCCCAUCGAACAGACACGCCCUGACUCCCAUCUACCUGGGGGCCACCGCCGGGAUGAGGCUGCUCAACUGGACCGACCCAGUUUCCUCUGACAAAGUCCUGGCCGCCGUCAGCGCCACCAUCAAGUCCUACCCGUUCAACUUCCGCGGGGCCAGAAUCCUAUCGGGGCAGGAUGAAGGGGUAUUUGGUUGGGUCACGGCGAAUUACCUGCUGGAGAAGUUCAUUAAGUACAACUGGAUUGGACAGUGGUUUCAGCCCCGGAAGGGGACGCUGGGCGCCAUGGAUCUGGGCGGAGCUUCUACUCAGAUCACCUUCGAGACGGCGGAUACAAUCGAGAAUCCGGAGGACGAGGUGACUCUGCGGCUCUACGGGCAGUCGUACCGGGUGUAUACCCACAGCUUCCCGUGCUACGGGCGCGACCAGGUCCUCAUGAGAAUCUUCUCCAAAGUCAUCAUGUCGCAGGGAUACAAAGCAAAGGUGGAUAAUCCCUGUUGGCCGACUGGUUACUCCGAGACAAUGCCGCUCUCCAGCGUCUACGAAUCGCCUUGCACAGCCAAUGAGAGGCCCAAUGGGUAUAACCCGGCGACUCCGGUGACCAUGACGGGUACAGGGAAUGCCGCCCAGUGCCGGAAGCAUGUGGAAUCCUUAUUCCAGUUCUCCAGCUGCAGCUUCACCUCCUGCUCCUUCGACAGCGUCUUCCAGCCCAACGUCACCGGGAAUUUCAUCGCCUUUUCGGCUUUCUUCUACACGGUGGACUUCAUAAAGAACGUGAUGAAGAUGCCGGUGAACAGCAUAGCCGACCUGGACAAUGCGACCAACACCAUCUGUAGCUCCACGUGGGAUCAGCUCAAGGCUAAGGCCCCCACCCUGGAGAAGCUCCUUAAUAGUUACUGCCCCACCGCCAACUUCAUCUACGAGAUCAUCAGCCGCGGCUACAAAUUCACCGAGGAUUCCUUCCCCAACAUCUCCUUCCAGAAGAAGGCCGGCGACACCUCCAUCGGUUGGGCGCUCGGUUACAUGCUGAACCUCAGCAACAUGAUCCCGGCGGAGAAGCCCUCCAUCCUGAAAGCCAUUGACAUCAGCUCCUGGGCGGGCGUCAUCUUCCUCUUCCUCCUGGUCAUCCUGCUGUCCCUCGCCCUCCUCUGCACCUUCAUCCGCUUCAAUAAGGGCGACCAAAGCCUUUGAUUGGCGCCUCAAUGGACCAAUUAGACCUUAGGCCUGGCUGGUUUAGGAAGGUGGAGGGGCUCUAGUGAAAUGUACCCACAACGUCUCAGGGCAAAUACCUUAUUUUUGGGGGGCAAUUGAUAACCUCAGCUUCUAAAUCAUGGCUUCUCUUAGCCUUCGGGGGGGGGGGCACCUGUGUAUUUUAUUCUUCUUCCAUUCCAAACCAUUCAUCUUCCAGCUGCAGCUUAGCUCUACUCUAUGGUCUUGUCCUACUGCAACAGAAGGGAUUAUUCGCCGCCAACAGGGGAACGGCGGUACUGCAAGUCUGUUACGCUUACAUUGUAGAUAUCUCGGCCCCAAGCUAUCGCUAUAUCUCAACCCAAAAAUGAUGAUUGGGGGUCCAAGGGGGCUGGGGGGGUCGGUGUGCAAUAUAAAAAGGGACUUUGGCUCCAAGGAAAACACUGUUACUUGAUAGCUGGUAGGGCAAUGUCGGCCAUUACUGGUUUUGUAAUUAAGGAUAGAUGGUUAUACUGGUUCUCUAGCAGCCUGUGGGGGUUUACAGGGUAGGAAUAACCUUGCGUCAGCCAUUUUGUUGGUCUGUAUGGGUGCAGUGUUCACUGGUGCCACUAGGUGUCACUGCACUCACUACAAAAAAAACCCGACCUGCCCACGACUGAUAUAUAUGCGCAAACUGUGCCCAACCAGAUGUUGUGUAUCCCAGAAUGCACCGGGAGGAUAAAGCGCAAUAAAGGGCGACAGUUACCCUGUUUAUUAGCCGUAGCCGUGUCCUACAAGCCAAAAGGCACCCAACAAUUUGUUUACAAGGAUGAAGGAAACCGAUGCAUUUGCUGUGAAAUCAAGUAGGUUGUCACAACAAAAAGAAAAGACUUAAUGAAAAUAAAGUGUAUUCGGCCCGU